AUGGAUUCCCCCACCUCCGCGUCGUCCAUUGCAAAUUAUUACCACAAAAAUUUUUUAGCGGAUGAGGGUGAGUCGACCGAUAAGGAGGUCGAGCAAGAGGCGGUUACGAGUGCGUGCGAACUAGCGGCUCGUUAUAUGAAACAUUGUAGCGAGCCUCAACGUAUUAUAGAGUUUUACAGUCCCCGUUAUCUGAGAAAGCCCACUUGGUCCGACCUUCAAAAAAUUUACGAGGUCCAUUCUAAUCUCCAAGGUUUACCGGGCAUGAUCGGAAGCUUGGAUUGUCGUCAUUGGCAGUGGUAUAAUUGUCCGACCGCAUGGCGAGGUCAACACACACAAGGUGACCAAGAUGGACCAACUGUUAUUCUUCAAGCGGUUGCCUCACAGGACCUUUGGGUAUGGUCGGCUUACUUUGGUGUAGCAGGGUCAUGCAAUGAUUUAAACGUUUUCGAUCAGUCUCCAUUGGUAGAGGACUAUAUUUCUGGUCGAGCUGUGAAAGCAUCUUUUUAUGCAAACGAGAACUACUACCCGCAUGGAUACUAUUUGUGCGAUGGAAUUUAUCCUAGGUAUUCAAUUGUCGUGAAGACGUUCAGGGACCCGUACAAUGAAAAAAAAGCUUACUUUAAAAAGGUUCAAGAGUAUUCGCAGAAGGAUAUUGAUAGAUGCUUUGGGGUUCUUCAACAACGGUGGCAUUAUUUGAGAAAUCUUUGUCGUGCAUAG